GCACCUGCUAGGUUUGCUGCGACCUCCCCCGCCAUGCAGUCGCCUCGCCACCAGUGCUGAGGAUCAAACCCAAGACUUGGGAUGUUAGGCAAGCAUUCCUGAUUAUUGCUUUUAUAACUUAGCGGGGAAUUUUGAAGUUAGAAGGAUGGAACCUGAAACCGAGGGGCCACCACCAACAGUCCAAGUGACACCUCUUCAGCAAAUGAUUGCCUCUUGUACUGGAGCUGUAUUGACAUCACUGAUGGUGACACCCCUGGAUGUUGUUAAAAUUCGACUCCAAGCGCAGAACAACCCAUUCCCUAAAGGAAAGUGCUUUGUAUACAGCAAUGGACUCAUGGAUCAUAUGUGUAUCUGUGAAGAUGGCAGCAAGAAAGCAUGGUAUAAGAAGCCAGGCAAUUUCCAGGGAACAUUGGAUGCUUUUUUAAAAAUUCUUCGAAAUGAGGGCAUUAAAUCCCUGUGGAGUGGACUCCCUCCUACUCUCGUGAUGGCAAUUCCUGCCACAGUUAUUUAUUUUACCUGCUAUGAACAAUUAAGUGCUUUUCUGAGAGCUAAAUUAGGAGAAAAUGAAACCCGAAUACCAAUAGUUGCUGGGAUUGUCGCCAGAUUUGGUGCAGUAACAGUGAUAAGUCCAUUAGAAUUGAUCAGAACUAAGAUACAGUCGAAGAAGUUUUCUUACAAGGAGCUACAUCGGUUUGUGAGCAUGAAAGUGUCUGAAGAUGGUUGGAUUUCCCUUUGGAAGGGCUGGGCUCCCACUAUUCUUAGAGAUGUGCCUUUCUCAGCAAUGUACUGGUAUAACUAUGAGAUUUUAAAGAAGUGGUUGUGUGAGAAGUCUGGUUUCUAUGAGCCAACAUUUAUGAUCAACUUUACUUCAGGGGCAUUGUCUGGUUCUUUUGCAGCUGUUGCAACUUUACCGUUUGAUGUGGUGAAAACACAGAAACAGACACAACUUUGGACAUGUGAAAGUGGUAAACUUCCUGUGCCUUUGCAUAUGUCAACCUGGGCUAUAAUGAAGAACAUUGUUGCCGAAAAUGGAUUUUCUGGGUUGUUUACAGGUCUGAUUCCUCGAUUAGUUAAAAUCGCUCCUGCUUGUGCCAUUAUGAUCAGCACAUACGAAUUUGGAAAGGCUUUUUUCCAGAAACAAAAUGUUGAAAGGCAGUAACACUCGUGAUG